CAGAUCAGGAUGGCGGCGAACUUCAGCUCUACAGAAGACAUCUGUGAAAGAGAGAAUUGUCAAUCAGUCACAGAUGUGACAUACUACGUGAAGGAGAAGAAGAAGCUCUGCGAUGACUGCGCCUCCACAGAGGAAUGCAUCGGAAAAGCUAGAAAGGGUAGGCCCAAUCUUUAUUGUGAGAAGCAUGAUGGUGAAGAAAUCAAACUGUAUUGUACAACCCAUAAUGUAGCAGUGUGUCAAUUAUGCGCAAUGAUAGAUCAUCAUGACCCGUCUUGCGUACGACAGGAUAUAGAGGGCGCCAUCAUGGAUAGUAGAGCAAAAAUAAACAUUCUGAAAGAAAAAGCAAAGGAAAAAUUGGAGCUUUGUCGAGUUUAUGGAGAUCAUAUUCAUCAGUGUAGGAAAGACACCAACACCUAUUUACAAGCUUUGAAAGAUGAAGUAGAUUCGGUAAUCAAUGAGGCGGUCCAAACAGACAAAGACAAAGAGAAGGAGGAUCUUGCUAAAAUCAACCAGGAGAUUGAUGAGAAGAAUCAAAAUCUUCGCGAGGAGAUUCAACAAAUCAAUGAAAAGAUUCGAAAGAACGAUGAGGAGAGAGAGAAGCGAAUUGAAUUAAACCGUUCAUAUGCAGAGAAAAGACGAGAGCCAAUCGACAAUAAACAACAGGAUUUGCAAACUGACAUUAAGAACAUAGCUGAAGAGAAAGAAAGAAAGAUUAGUGAGUUGGAGAAAGCAUGGCAGGAUAAAACAAAAACCACAGAGACUACAAUACAGAAACUUGAUACAGUACUCGAAAAUGAUGAAAAUGUCGUCAAAGACGGGCAUCAUGUGAAGAUUUCAGUGAGAGGUGAACUCAAGAAGCCACUGAAUAAGGGUGAGGUGAAACAAGUCACUGAUACCAUUUUGGGUGUGAGGUUUGUGAAGGGUGCUGGGAGAGAGAAGUAUGAUGGGAGGAUAGAUGGGUAUGAUGGGGAAUGGAAGCUCAUUGAUACAAUCAAUGAUAAAAUCAAAUUCCCAGCCGUUGUAGGAUACCUGGAUGAAUGCAAUGUGAUCAUCACAGAUAGAUUAAGUGGUAGCCGACAUACAUACAUGUUAGAUAUAAACACUAAAAACAGUCGGAGAGUGAUAACUGGUAGGGGUACAUCAUUGAUUCUCUCCUGUGCAUUGCUGAAUGAUGACAAAAUAGUAUGCGGUAAAUACAGCGAGGGUUGUACAGAGAACAGUUUGACUGAAUGCAUCAGUGUGUACGACAGACAAUGGAAGCACAUCAAUGACGUCACAAUACCCAAAAACACAACGUUUGAUAAAACAAGGGUGGAUGUAGCUGUUGACCAGGAUGGGAUGAUCAUUGCUGCUGAGUGGGUGCAGUCUAAGAUUUACGUCAUCAACCCAGCUGAUGGUAAUAUCAUAAAUACCAUCGCAUGUAAAGAUAAUAUAAUAUUGCGUGGUGUACUAUCAUCAGGACACAUCAUCGCUCGACCCUCACCACCCGAUCACAAAUUGUACAUCAUCGACAGACAGGGUGCUCAAAGGGAAAUCCCCCACAGUGGUGUCAUCCAGAAUGCCUGCAUCGAUCCUAUGACAGACGACCUCUACGUCGUGACAUCAGAUGAAGAGUACAAGACGUGUAUGAUUGAUCAGGUGAUGAGCGGGAGUGAUAUGAAGAAGAGAAGGGUAGCAUCAUUCCCCCUAUCAACUAAACUGGAUAAUAGGAAGAGAUACUUUAAACAUUCUCGGGUGAUGAUGACGUCAUCAGGGAAACUGAUUGCUAGCGAUGCAGACAACAUUCUCGUAUUCAAAAACAGAUUUACCCUAUAAAUCGAAUCCCAUUCGUUAACAAUUGUCCAUGUUCACUACAUCAUAAAACACGCCGAUCUACAUAAACAUAUGAUAUGGCUAAAAAAGUGUAGAAUCCAAACAAAAACAUUUAAAUCUCAAUAUGUGUUGUAUAACAGAUGCCUAGAUUAUGAAUCGUUUCAAAUCACUUUGUUAUCGCAAACAACAGUUCAGUUCAGUUCAGU